AUGGAUCUUCUGUCACAAUUGAGUUUGCCACCGGGUUUUCGGUUUUACCCGACUGAUGAAGAGCUAAUGGUGCAAUACUUGUGCCGGAAAAUUGCCGGCUACCAUUUUUCUUUACAAAUCAUUGGAGAGAUUGAUUUGUAUAAAUUUGAUCCAUGGGAUCUUCCCAGCAAAGCAAUAUUCGGAGAAAAAGAAUGGAAAAAUGGUAGCGCAAGGUUGGAUGAUUGGGUGUUGUGUCGAAUUUACAAGAAGAAUUCCAGUGGACAAAAGCCAGCAGAUUCUGGUAUACAGAGCAAGGAGUAUAGCCACGGUUCUUCAUCGCAGUACGAUGAUGUUUUGGAGUCUUUACCAGAUAUUGAUGACCGUUUUUACUCUCUUCCAAGAAUGAAUUCAUCGAGGGCAUUUCAGCAAGAGGAUCAAAAGGUGAAUCUUCAGAAGUUGGGCUCAGGGAGUUUUGACUGGGCCACUCUGGCCAAUCUCAACUCGUUGCUUGAACUCGGUCAAGCUCAGCCAAGUCAGACUCAUGCACAAGCCAACAACCUCAAGAUCCUGAAUAUUCAUGGUCAAAAUGAUAUGUAUGCACCUGCUGUGCCGCAGGCUGGCCCUGGGUUCUAA